AGGAGCCUGUUCUACCAGGUUAACUCGCUAGAACACAGGGGGGGAGGGAUCCAAUACCGUAGUCCUGGGAGGGUUACACAGAGAUAGGCAUAAAUACACUGCCAAAUAAUGGGUCAGUGACAUGUGUGAGGAGAUUCACGGAUUGCACUCAUGAAGGAGCAAGGAGGAAGUGGAUGUAAAAGUCAUGUUGUGGUCGAGAGCCUGGGACGACCACUCGGAUCCCGGGUGCGGUUGUGUUUCUAUUCCCUCCUCCUCCUGUCCACCAUCAUUGUCAUGGUCCUGUUUGCGCUUCCUAGCAGUUUCCUUCAGAUGGACUGGUGGACCAAAUUAUCACCUGUAUCAUAUUACCACAUAUGGACCAAUCAAAGCCUGUGGUGGGUUGGACCAAUCCCAACCACAUUACCGAUCUCCCUCCUAACUACAUCACCACCCCGACCCCCGACCCUAUCCCCAACCCCACCCAUGACCACACUCCCACCCCCACCCCUGACCACAUCACCACCCCGCUCCCUGGCCACAUCACCACCCACACCAGCCAAUAAAUAUCAUAAAGGCCACCCUCGUAAUUUCCAUUUCAUCAUAGACCAACCAAGCAAAUGUAUGACUGAAAACCCAUACCUGGUGCUGUUGGUCCCAGUGGCACCCGGUAACCCAACCGCCCGGGACGCCAUCCGCAGGACUUGGGGAAAUGAGACCCUGGUACAUGGGAGGAAGGUCCAGACUCUCUUCAUGCUGGGGCUGCCAGGAGGACCAGGUGCCCAGGAGUUGCAGAAGAAGGUACACCAGGAGAACGACUUGCAUCAAGAUCUUCUCCAGAGCAGCUUCAUGGACACGUACCUCAACCUCACCAUCAAGACCUUGGUGAUCAUGGAUUGGCUGGCCACCCGCUGCAGCAACGCCACCUUCGCCAUGAAGAUCGACUCGGACAUGUUCCUCAACGUAGAAAACCUAAUGACAAUGCUCCUGAGGCCAGAUGUCCCUAAGGUAAACUACCUGACGGGGAUGCUAAUGUGGGAUCGACCAGUUAUCCGAAACCAGAAUUCCAAAUGGUACGUUCCGUUUGAGAUGUUAGCCGACAACACGUAUCCAACCUAUACGCUCGGAAUGGGCUACGUCUUCUCAAACGACCUGCCUAAGAGGCUUGUGGAAGCAGCCAAGGACAUUAAGCCUUUCACUAUAGAAGAUGCCUACAUUGGUGCCUGUAUGAAAAGACUGGGUCUCUCGCCCACUUCCCCGCCCGACCCGUGGCAAUGGAAAGCUUAUCUUAGCAAAUACAAUCGCUGUGAAUUCUCCAAAAUCAUCACUUACAUCUUAGGCCACUCCUCUCAGAUAGUGGACUACUGGAUGGACCUGAAGAAGACACCGGGGCCACCCUGCCCCUAGAAACAGAUCUAAUGUCAGUUUUAAACUUUGAGGUUGAGGUUCAUUUAUUUAUUGCCUUUAUUUAUACAAAAGAGUGAGGCUGAGACCCUAUAUUUAAAAAUAUAAACAUCACAAAAUACAUAUUUAAAACACUUAAAAUGCAGAUAAAACACACUAGUAAAGUAUGAAUAACACUUAAACUCAACAGCAACUCGACCAUUAUCAUUGACUCAGAUUGUCUGCUAGAAACCAGAACAUCCAGCCUAAUACCUCUCUGCAGUUUCCAGUGGUGAGGGACAUGGCUUUCAAAGGCAGUUUUUCCCUGUUUUAGUAUAAACACACGGAAUCUCCAACAGUAACCACUCUUGGGAUCAUGUUCGAUAACACGGACCACAAGUAGAUCCUAGAUGUGUCUGGGACAUUUCUAAGUGGGAGCCUCCUCAUGGGGAUUCGAUUACCCAUAAUGAGAUUGGGUAUAAAACGAUGGUGGUGGUGGGUUGGGAUGACAAACCCUUUAUCCAACGCCAUGCUGGUCUGAUCAGGGACCUGCUUGAAGUGUUCCUGUGUUUGGACCGAAAGCAGGAACAUGAGGGCUGGCUGGCCUAGCUAUUGCUUACAGGAGUACAUCAGACAUUGCUUCCUGCGCGAACACAUUCAAACAUAAUGUUGUUUUGUGGUUCUGAACUCAAACGUGGACGUUUGGGGACUUUUUUAAAAGGUUCUGACUGAGAAUGAAUUUAUUUUGUUUUUGGAAACCUCAGGAAAACAAAUAAAAAGAUCUCUUCACUGUC